CCUACUGUUUCCUCUACUGUUUCAUUCCUUGAACUACCAGCAAGAGCUCUACAUUGCCAAACUUCUCCACCUCUACUGCAUGGUGGGAAAUGCAAAGAUGGCCUUGAGAACAACAGGAAGUGUGAUUGUGGUUUUCAUCUUGUCAGUGUCAGGAGGACUGGGUCAGUUCAUUGUGACUUACAACAAAACCAGUAUCUUUGCCUUGAAGGGGUCAUCAGUGGACCUCCCCUGCUCUUACACAUAUCCCAGUGGGUAUACAGUCACAACAACACAAUGGCAUAAUUGGAAGUAUAGGCAGUAUAAUAAUGAAAUGAUGCACCGAUCAGAGUAUUCAGGUCGUGUUGAGUACCGUGGGAAUAAGAUCAAUGACUGCACCCUGAGAAUCAGAAACCUGAGAGAGAGUGACUCAGGAGAGUAUCGCUUCAGAUAUGAAACCAUCACCCAACACACAUGGAGCUACAUUUGGAGACCUACCUCAGGUGGAGUCACUCUGUCCGUGACAGACCUGAAGGUGUGGUUGACAUCUACCAUAGUGACAGAGGGAUCACCGGUGGCACUGACCUGCAGAUCCAUCUCCCCUCUGAGUGACAUCCUCGCCUACGUCUGGUACAAGAACAAAAAAUAUCUACAGUACAACUCUUCAAUUUGGUACAUAUAUUCAGUCAGCAGUGAGGAUGCAGGCAGCUACUCCUGUGCUGUUAAAGGUCACGAGGAUUUCCACUCUCCUGAAGUGACUCUAACUGUCAUAUACAAACGUAAGAACAUCUCAGUGUCAGUCAGUCUCUCUGGUGAAAUAGUAGAGGGCAGUUCAGUGACUCUGACCUGCAGCAGUGAUGCCAACCCACCAGUUCAGAAAUACACCUGGUACAAGAGGAACAUUACGACACCAAAAGCACCAGGACAGAUAUAUAACAUCUCCUACAUCAGUUUGGAGGACAGUGGAGAGUACUACUGUGAGGCAGGCAACAAGUAUGGACUUAUCAACUCUUCCUCCGUGUUUGUAAAUGUUCAGUAUAGACCAAAGAACACCUCAGUGUCAGUCAGUCCCUCUGGUGAAAUAGUGGAGCGCAGUUCAGUGAAUUUGACCUGCAACAGUGAUGCCAACCCAGCAGUGCAGAAAUACACCUGGUUUAAAAAGACUGUCAUCUCACCAAAAGCAUUCGGUCAGAUCUAUAGCAUCACCAACAUCAACUCUGAGGACAGUGGAGAAUAUUACUGUGAGGCACAGAAUGAGAAAGGAGCUAGUAACUCUACAGUUAGAUUGAUCAUUGUAUCAACAAAAAAACAAACAUCUAGUAUUAACAUAGCUGUAGGAAUCACGGUUGUUGCUCUGGUUCUCAUUCUCCUAUUUAGCUUUCUGUGGUUCAGAAAGAGGGCUCCCAAAUCAACUGACACACGGGAUACAGCAGAGGAUGGACAGGGAGGCUCUAGUCACCUGUAUGACACCAUCUCAGGCAUGGCCAUGACCUCUCCUGCAGUACAGACAGUGGACACAGACGAGGAUGGACAGGGAGGCUCUAGUCACCUGUAUGACACCAUCUCAGGCAUGGCCAUGACCCCUCCUGCAGUACAGACAGUGGAUACAGAUGAGGAGGAUAACAUCCACUAUGACAGUGUCCACUUCUCUCCCUUCAGAAACCAGGAAGUGCCUAUGUACUCCACUGUCCAGCUGCCUAACAAGGAAAUCCAAUACACUGUGGUAAAAUUCAAGCACCUAGUUGUUGCCCCCCAACCUGCAACACAUGGAGCUGAGGAUCAAUCUGCAAUCUACAGCACAGUCAACAAACCCAGAACCUGGGCACAAGAAGGUACAUUCAUAUGCUCUCAUACAGUGUUUCCCAGGCCUCUUACUGGGUCGCUAUAAUCCUCCUGAGCUGAAUUUAAAAACAUUGUCUUGUUGAUUCACACAAUAUUUUGAUGUAUAAAGUAUAGAUUUGAAGGAACCUGCAGUAACCAUAUUACUGUCCAAGACAAUACAGCAACAAUUUAUAGUAUUGUGAAGUGUAAGAUGUGGCAUAAUAGUUUUGUUUAUGAACGUUGUUAAAGCUGCAAUAUGUAACAUUUUUGGGCAACCUAACCAAAUUCACAAAGAAAUGUGAGUUAUAGAUUUGUCAUUCUCAGUGAAAGCAAGUGUAAGAAGCGAUAGAUACAUUCUAUGUGCACCAUUUGUAUGCUUCCUGUUCUUAAAGGGAUUCUUUUUUUAAACUACAAAACAGACAUGCACCAUUUUCACAUAUGUUGUUUAACCAAAAAAGUGUUAAACAAAUCAAAAUAUAUGUUAUAUUUGACAUUCUUCAAAGUAGCCGUCCUUUGCCUUUCGUGACAGCUUUGCACACUGGUACUGUAUAUCAGAUAGGAGCAGACAAAAGGUCCUUCAAUAUGCCUUUGAAGGCUAUAUUCACAAAAUAAAAAUAACAGAGACGUGUAACACAACAAGCAGGAGGUCUAGGAUAGAGGCAAAAGCCUUCCUGUCCCCAUGUAAAAGAGAUAAACCCCACCAGCUGACUAUCAAGGCAGGGGCAGAUGAAAAAAAGGAGCAACAUUGUGCCUUCACUGCAGGGUAUGUCUCACAAUUUGUUUUCUUUAAAUCAAACGCAUACUAUAUUGUAUACAAUAUCAGCUGUAGCUAGCUGUAUGCUAACGUAAACAACCAACACCCUCACUCCAACACAGUUCUAUGCUAACUCCACAGGUUACUGCUCUCAUGUUGUCAGGCUGAUCCACACCCUGGAUCUUUGGAGAGCCCAAGAUAAAAUGUCCACUACAAGUCUGCCACAACAGUGGUAUAAGUCGAGGCAAGAAGAUUGAUGCCAAGCCUAUUACAGCUGUCGUGCUGGCAAAGGCAAAGUGAGUUGGAAGAGUAGACCAGUCUACUGCAAGGUCAGGUCACCCGUGAUACAAAUCAGUAUUCAACGUCCAUCCACGGCUGAGGACGUUGGGAGAUGAUAUGGAAACUGGCCACUAGAGGCAAGAGUGAGCGAUGUUACCUUCAAGUAGGUUUAGGGUUUGCUGGAGCAAUAGGAUGGUUGGUGGAUGGUUACAUGUUCAAAUCCAGUAAGAGAAACAUUUUGCAUUUUUUUAAAGUCUAUCCCAAACCCAACCUUACGUUAACCAUUUUGAGUUAAUGCCUAAUCUUAAGAUUUCGGGGGUUAAUGCUUCAACUCCUUGUUCGCACACGCUUUUUCAGUUCUGCCCACAAAUUUUCUAUAUGAUUAAGGUCAGGGCUUUGUGAUGGCCACUCCAAUACCUUGACUUUGUUGUCCUUAAGCCAUUUUGCCACAACUUUGGAAGUAUGCUUGGUGUCAUUGUCUGUUUGGAAGACCCAUUUGCGACCAAGCUUUAACUUCCUGACUGAUGUCUUGAGAUGUUGUUUCAAUAUAUCCACAUAAUUUCCCUUCCUCAUAAUAUAUCCACAUAAUCUUCUUUCCUCAUGAUGCCAUCUGUUUUGUGAAGUGCACCAGUCGCUCCUGUUCUUCGGCUUGCAAGCCUCCCCCUUUUUCCUCCAAACAUAAUGAUGGCCAUUAUGGCCAAACAGUUCUAUUUUUGUUUGAUCAGACCAGAGGACAUUCCUCCAGCAUCUUCACAAAGUCCUUUGCUGUUGUUCUGGGAUUGAUUUGCACUUUUUUCGCACCAAAGUACGUUCAUCUCCAGGAGACAGAACGUGUCUCCUUCCUGAGCGGUAUGACGGCUGCGUGGUCCCAUUGUGUUUAUACUUGCGUACUAUUGUUUGUACAUAUGAACGUGGUACCUUCAAGAGUUUGGAAAUUGCUCCCAAGGAUGUACCAGACUUGAGGUCUACAAUUUUUUUGAGGUUUUGGUUGAUUUCUUCUGAUUUUCCAAUGAUGUCAAGCAAAGAGGCACUGAGUUUGAAGGUAGGCCUUGAAAUACUGUCACGUCUAAACAAGGUGGGUGGAAUCAGGCGCAGAGAGCAGAUAGCGAUAUUACAGUUUAUUCUCCGGCGAACAAGAAACACGGUCAACCCAACACACACAGGGUGAACAAUCCAACACAGGAUAAAGACAAACCAGAGAAUAUGAACACAAGAUACACCAACUGACAUGAAUACACAAAUAACAAUCCUGCACAAAACAGGGGCGGGACAACCUACGACAUAUACAGACACUAAUUAACUAAACAACACACAGGUGAAACCAAUCAGACAAAACCAACAGAUACAUGAAAAGGGAUCGGUAGUGGCGAGUAGGACAGUGACGACGACCGCCGAGCACCGCCUGAACAGGCAGGAGAGUCAACCUCGGAGGAAGUUGUGACAAAUACAUCCACAGGUACACCUCCAAUUGACUAAAAUGUAAACUUCUGACUUCAACUGUACCUAUACAGAUAUCUAUCUGUCUGUGUGCAUAGGUGUGAGAGGACCAGUGGAGAUUUUAACAUGUAAAUCUUGGUGGGGCAAACUCAACCAAUUCAUUUUUUGAUGCAUGCCAGCAAAAGCCACAACACAUCAAUGUAUUCUUUUAUUAGGCCUAUGUGGUCUAAAAAGGAAGGAUAUUACAAUCAUGAGGAUCCACUUUUAUAGACAAUAUACAGACAGCGCUGUCAGAAAUAUGUGUAUAGGUGGCAGGGAAGUCAGGCGCAGGAAAGUCAAACGAGGUGUAAAAUGGAGUCUUUUAAUAAAUGUUCAAGUAACAUGCUCCAUAACACUAAUAAGAAAAUUGAAUAUAAACAAAUAUGGGUACUGACAAUAAACACUGACAAUAAACAAUCUCUGACAAAGACAUGAGGGGAAACAGAGGGUUAAAUAUGCAACAGGUAAUGAAUGGGAUUGAAAACAGGUGUGUGGGAAGACAAGACAAAACCAAUGGAAAAUGAAAAAUGGAUCAAUGAUGGCUAGAAGACCGGUGACGUCGAACACCGAGCACCGCCUGAACAAGGAGAGGCAACGACUUCGGCAGAAGUCGUGACAAGCGCAUUGCGCAAACAAAACAGCCCUCGCAAUAUUAACUGGAAUUA